UUUCAAUAAAAUUCUUUGAGAAGGCAGCUUGUAAGGUUAUUUACGAAUUUAGCGUUUAUAUUAAUCGUUUGGUUAUAAAAUUGUGUUUUAAAUUUUAAUUGUGUUUAAACAGUUUUGAACUUUAUUUAUAAUUUUGCAUGAAUAUGUUUUAAAUGCGUUUCAUACCGGCUUCCUCUAGUCAAAAUGUGGACCGUGUGUGUGCCUGGAUGGAGCGCGAUCCUCGUGGCAGGGACUCUACUCCUGUAUGGUACAUUGGAUGUAGCAUACUUCGCUCGAAUGAUGUAUACAGUGGCCAAGGCGAGAUACUUUAGGAAGAAAGCCUGUAUCUUAGAUACGACAGAAGUGCAAUCAUGGUGUCUCCUCACGGACAUCGACACGCUUCUGUACCAUAUGAACAACGCUCGCUAUCUGCGGGAAUUAGACUUCGCUAGGGCGGAUUUCUAUGAGCGUACAGGCCUAUAUGCUAAUAUAAAGGCAGCGGGAGGUGCUGUGUUGCAAGCUGCGGCUACUAUACGGUAUAGGAGAUACGUUAAACCCUUUACGAAAGUCACUAUCACUUCUAAGGCGGUAUUCUGGGAUGAGAAGACGCUCUUCAUGGAGCACGAGUUCAUAGGCCCCGGGGGGUUCGUGCACGCGGUGGCCGUGUGCCGCCAGCGGGUCAUCGACACGUCGGCGGCCGCCAUCGCCGAGCUGCUGCUGCAGCUGCACUGCGCCGGCGCGUGUAAACCCCAUCCGCAGAAGAUGCCGCCUGAGUUGGAGCUCUGGGUGCAAAGUAAUGAAUUGAGCUCAGCAAAACUAAGAUCGCAGGCGCUUCCCACCAUACCGGCUAUCGAGCGACCCGACCCAAUGGCCUGUGGUGAAAUAGUCGCAAACACCGAGUGAGAUUUGCUCCACUGCCCAAAGGACGAGCUUCCAUCGAAGAUUCAAAAAAAGAAGAGCGAGUGAGACAGAUAUAGGGUGUCGGGCUCGGGCAGUGAAUAAAAUGAUCAUUAUACAACGCGACGCCAACGCGAAUGGACUAUUGUGCAAGUAUUGCGAUGAUUUCGUUUUGGAAUUAUUUUUAACGUUACGUGUAUACCUACUAUUGAGAUCGUGUUAUUUUGUAUGAUUUAACAUAGAUAUUAAUUUAAUGUGCAUUUAUAAAUGGAAUUUAUUUUUGAACGUCACUGUUUUAAAAUAGCAUAGAUAUUCAAGUAUUAAAUUAUAUGAAAUAAAUAUAACUAUAAACUUGUAAUGGCGCCUAUGCACACAAUAUAAAGGAUUUUGUACAUACGUAAUAAUACAAUGCUUACAAAUGAAUAAAAACUAAUAACGUUAAGUAAUGCUUUCAGUAUUUUCGGCACGGAGGAUAAUUAAUGUUAAAUUGAAAAAUCUAAAUCAUGGUGGUUUAAAAAUGGUGGUUUAUAAUGGUUUUUAAAACCUCUAAAAUGUUUGUUGGUUUGGAAUUACAGAAAUAUAUAAUGACGGCUAGCUAAGCUAGAUCUAAAGCACACAUUAUUGUUAUUGUAAACACUCGUUGUAUAUAUCUGAUGUAAUCGUGUACAAUGAAAUACUAA